UAGACGAUGCUGAAGAUGCUCUCGUUUAAGCUGCUACUGCUGGCCGUGGCUCUGGGCUUUUUUGAAGGAGAUGCCAAGUUUGGGGAAAGGAGCGAAGGGAGUGGAGCGAGGAGGAGAAGGUGCCUGAAUGGGAACCCCCCGAAGCGCCUAAAGAGGAGAGACAGGCGGAUGAUGACCCAGCUGGAGCUGCUGAGUGGAGGAGAGAUCCUGUGUGGUGGCUUCUACCCCAGAGUAUCCUGCUGCCUGCAGAGUGACAGUAUUGCAUUGGGGCGUCUGGAGAACAAGAUCUUUUCUGCCACCAACAACACAGAAUGUGGCAAAUUACUGGAGGAGAUCAAAUGCGCUCCUUGCUCCCCACACUCUCAAAGCCUGUUCUCCUCACCCAAGAGAGACGUCCUGGAUGGAGAUCUAGUACUUCCGCUCCUCUGCAAAGACUAUUGCAAAGAAUUCUUUUAUACUUGUCGGGGCCAUAUUCCAGGGCUUCUUCAAACAACUGCUGAUGAGUUUUGCUUUUACUAUUCGAGAAAAGAUGGAGGCUUGUGCUUUCCAGAUUUCCCAAGAAAGCAAGUCAGAGGGCCAGCAUCUAACUACCUGGACCAGAUGGAGGAAUACGAGAAGGUGGAGGAGCUCAGCAGAAAAUACAAACACAACUGCUUCUGCGUGCAGGAAGUCGUGAGUGGGCUGCGGCAGCCUGUGGGCGCUGUACACAGUGGGGAUGGCUCCCAUCGCCUCUUCAUUCUAGAGAAGGAAGGCUACGUGAAGAUCCUGACCCCAGAAGGAGAGCUUUUCAAGGAGCCUUACUUGGACAUUCACAAACUUGUUCAAAGUGGAAUAAAGGGAGGAGAUGAAAGGGGCCUGCUAAGCCUUGCAUUCCAUCCCAAUUACAAGAAAAAUGGGAAGCUGUAUGUGUCUUAUACCACCAACCAAGAACGGUGGGCUAUCGGGCCUCAUGACCACAUCCUUAGGGUUGUGGAAUAUACAGUGUCCAGGAAGAAUCCCCAUCAAGUUGAUGUGAGGACAGCCAGGGUGUUUCUGGAAGUGGCCGAGCUCCACCGAAAGCAUCUCGGAGGACAGCUGCUCUUUGGUCCUGAUGGUUUUCUGUACAUCAUCCUUGGGGACGGUAUGAUCACGCUGGAUGACAUGGAAGAGAUGGAUGGGUUAAGUGAUUUCACAGGCUCCGUGCUGAGGCUGGAUGUGGACACCGACGUGUGCAGUGUGCCUUACUCCAUACCACGGAGCAACCCCCACUUCAACAGCACCAACCAGCCCCCAGAAGUGUUUGCCCACGGGCUCCAUGAUCCAGGCAGAUGCGCCGUGGAUCGACAUCCCACUGACAUAAACAUCAACUUAACAAUACUUUGCUCAGAUUCCAAUGGGAAAAACAGAUCAUCAGCCAGAAUCCUACAGAUAAUAAAAGGGAAAGAUUACGAAAGUGAGCCGUCACUUUUAGAAUUCAAGCCGUUCAGUAACGGUCCUUUGGUGGGCGGAUUCAUCUACAGGGGCUGCCAGUCUGAAAGACUGUUCGGAAGCUACGUGUUUGGAGAUCGCAAUGGGAAUUUCUUAACUCUCCAGCAAAGUCCCGUGACCAAGCAAUGGACAGAAAAGCCACUCUGUCUGGGUACCAGCGGGUCCUGUCGAGGCUACUUUUCAGGUCACGUCUUGGGAUUUGGAGAAGAUGAAUUAGGAGAAGUAUACAUUCUAUCAAGCAGUAAGAGUAUGACCCAGACUCACAACGGAAAACUCUACAAGAUCAUAGACCCGAAAAGACCUUUAAUGCCUGAGGAAUGCAGAGUCACGGUUCAACCUGCACAGACCCUGACCUCGGAUUGCUCCCGGCUCUGUCGCAAUGGCUACUACACCCCCACGGGCAAGUGCUGCUGCAGUCCAGGCUGGGAAGGAGACUUCUGCAGAAUUGCCAAAUGUGAGCCAGCAUGUCGUCACGGAGGGGUGUGUGUGAGACCGAACAAGUGUCUCUGUAAGAAAGGCUAUCUUGGUCCUCAGUGUGAACAAGUGGACAGAAGCAUCCGCAGAGUUGCCAGGGCAGGUAUUCUGGAUCAGAUCAUUGACAUGACAUCUUAUUUGCUGGAUCUUACAAGCUACAUUGUAUAGUUUCUGGGACAGUCUGAGUAUUGCUUCCUGGUGGGCAUUUAUUUGAUCUUGUCAUUAAAACGAGAGACUCUCCUCCUGCUACACGUUCCCGUGAGUUCAUUCUCUUUCAGUAACUUAAAAGCAAUUUCCAGAACUGUGCAGAUUUCAGUGUGUAUGUUGGCCAUUUUUUCACAUACACACGUCCACACGUGUGCACACACACAAUCCCCAAACUCAAGGUUUUGGGUUGGUUUUUUUUUUAUUUUUUAAUAUCUACUUCCUAGUGUGGACUGCGUCACACAGAAGGUCCAUUGCGGAUUGAUCACAGAAUGUUUAUGGCACCAGAAGAUAUGCUUUUAGUUCCUGGGAAAUUUCUGUCUAUGAUUACUACCGUCAACCAUAGUAGGCUUUUGAAGUGUUAUUGUGCAAUGUGGUGGAAAUAUUUUUAUAUUAAAGGUUUAUAAUAAGAGAGCAUGUUUCUAAACUCCUUGGUGAAUUUCUGAACAAGCAACUUGAUGUUAGGUUGUCAGCUUCAUUCCGUGUCUAUUACAGAAUACUGUGCAUUUCCCGUUUUAUUUGAUAGAUCACUCUAGCUACUUCAGCUUAACCUCAGAAUGGUUUUCAAAUGUUUCAUGAUUAAAUCAGAAUGACCUAUUUGAAAAGGCAAUCUUCCUGAAUAGACCGCUUCUAUUGUAUAUUUUGUGUAACGAUAGGCACUGGGUUUGUGUUACAUAUUGAUAUUUUUUAUUUCAUUUUUAUAAUAUAGAUAUCACCUAGAUGAAACACCUUUCCCCUGUCCUGUAAAAUACUAAAGUUACAUUUUCACCAGCUUAAUUGGAAAGAAGGGGAGCAGGAAAGCAAACAGCCUCUAACGUGCUGUGGAUCUAGUCUAGCAGUGUGUCCUUAUGCCGCCAUGUAAUCACGCUGGUCAGACGGAAAAGCAAGGAAGCAGCCAGUCCUUCCAGAGCUCCAGCAUUGCGCACUCGUGAAGUGCUUCCGCCACAGCCAGUCUGUCAGUCUGAGGGAUUAAAAGCUUAUGGCGUGCACUCUGAAUCCACCCUCCAUGGAGAAUGACCUGCUCGUUCAUAGCCAGCUCAGGUUGUGUAAGCUGCCAAAUGCAGAUUCUUAGGAUCCUCAUUCUUGACAUCACAAACUCCCAGUGCAUAGGUCCCUUCAGGAUGCUGGGACAACCCCCUUUGGUUCUUGUCUCAAUCAAUUUCCUACCAAAGAAAUAAUGUACUCUAAACUUAAAUUACAAGCAUCUGACAGGCAUUUUUCUUACUGGUUUUCCGUUUGCCAUCUUUCCACGUUUGGGUUUUGACAGUGUGUAAGGGUUUUUGUACUACUGACUGUGAUAGGCACACACCCUCUACCAUGACAUCCAUUCCUCUGGAAUCCAAAUUGUAGAAUCAUAUAAGUGCUCAGCACUGGAUGAUAUUGCACACAGGCUCCCCACCCUCGGGAAUAUGAGUCUUAAUCCUGAAACACGAACAGCAGUCUCCCGGAUAGUAGUCCUCUGUUGUUUUCAGGGAGAGAGUUGCAAUUACAUUGUGGAGUCUAAGGAAUUCUAAGGAAUCCACAAUGUAGAACAAUUUGUUGGCUCCACUUACUCCUGUCUUCCAUAUAUGAUUACGUGGGGUUCCAGUGACCUCAUACCAAUGGAAAUGGGUUGAGAAAUCUUGGUGCUCAGUGAACAAUAGCCUGCAUUAAAAACUGCAUGCAUAAUUGUGCACAAUUUAGCUGCAAUUGACAGUCUAUUCAGAGAAGUCUUGCGACUAAACGAGCAUGGAGACCACAUUGCCCUCUCACCCCAGAAAAAGGGUGGUCCCUGCCAUCGCUCCAGCUCUCCGUUGGCCCAGCACUGUGACAAAUCUCGCAAUGAACCAUGCAGUAGCCUGCAUCUGUAGGUGAAGAGCAACCCCUUGUCUCUGUGGCUUUCUCUUCUUAGUCCUUUUACUGAAUUCCAUCACAGAAAGGUUUACAAUUUAAACAAAAGGGAAAACUGCCCUGACCACCAUUUUUGUAAGCAGACCUUCGUAUCAAAUCAUCCUUUAUUCAGCACGGGUGACACUGACAGAAGGCAAACGUCUCAUGAGGCAGCCAGCUGUCUAAAUCUGUCAAAUCGUACAGUUUUAUUACACAUACCUCCCCCCCCCACUCACAGUUUGAGCAAAAACAAGAAGGAUACCCCUGGAAAUCCAGCAACGUCUUAAAGCCCAAGUGCUUCUUUUUACAUCUUAAAGAGAGGAUGUUCCAUGGGUAGGCAUUCUACUCAAGCAACCUAGACAGGGCUUUUUCACAUAGCUCUCUUUCAAGUGACUUAGAGAUGUUAUUGCCUUUCCUAUAAUGAGUUAUCCAAAUGUAAUACCAAAUUCUCUUUAUAGAAGAUAGGAUAUUUAACCCAAGCAAAGGGUCUCUUAGACUCCAUUCUUUCUGUCCUUAGGAGGAAAGUAGAUAACAAUGACUCUUGAUGACUGUGUGUUUUAGACUACAUGACCAAUUCCAAAAUUUUCUUUGACCUCUUCCCUGAAGUUGUUUUUUAAAAUAUAUGACUGGGGAUUAUCAUAAAUGAUUUGUGAGAGAUAGAUGGGAAUUGGUAAAAAAAAAAAAGUAUGAGCUAAGAAAAAUAAAUGUUUAAUAAAUGUUUAAUCAUUUAAAAGUCAAAAUCUACCCAUCUAACAGAGCACACAAUCUAAAAUGGAAGAAUGUCAUUUCUGUGAACACUGCUGUGUAUGAAAAAGAAGAAAUAAACAGUUACUAUCCCCUGCUCAUCCUAGAUCUUAGCUCCAGGUACCAGCUGAGUGUGAGGUAACCUUCCUACCAGUAUUGCUGCCAAACUUUUGCCCUGAUUCAAAGCACAUAAAUCAAUGAUAGGAAAACUAAAUAUCAUUAAAUUGCAAAGGAGGAACAUCUAGGCAAGCUCAGUGAUGGCAAAAAUGUUUUUUGUUCAUACCUUUUCAUGUUAGGUAUUGAAAGAUAUUUCGCAAGCUUACUCAGAAGUUUCUACAAUUUAACUGAUCAGUUUCAUGAAGGAUGGGCAAAGAAAUCUAUGCAUGUCUACAAAACCCAGCUAGAAAACUAUUUCCUUAUCAUUUGCAUGCCUCUGAGUAGUGAUGGCUUCCCUAGUGGCUAUCUUGGGAACGGCUACAGAAUAACAUACUGUCAUUUUGUUUGUUUCUGACCUUUGUUUUAAUUAUCUGAACCACAAAGGAUCCAACAAGUCUACGCAGGGUCAGAAGAUGAAGUAGGAGGUGGGCUGUGCAACUGAGGUCUUUCCAAGCACACACCAAUCUGCUAGGAGCCCCUCUUCUUUCUCUUAGCACAGGAGAGAAGCCCAGGUUAAGUUGGUAAGGGGAGGAAGUAUGCCAGUCAAGGAGGUAUAUCACUUUACUUUUUGAGCCUCUAUCUAGAAUGUUACCUAAGAUUUCUCCACCCUCACCCGUACCUUUCUAGCAUCUCUCUUUGGAUCUCUUCUUCCUCCACUUCCCUGCAUUUUAUGAUGGUUUCCCUAAACAGAUGCACCACAUAUGCCUGUCAUGACAUUGUCCUGGGACAGAUACCUAUACAUUUUGCUGGGACUUGUUUUCCUUUGUUUUCUCUCCUGGAGCCACGCUGACUUACAUUCAGUAUCACUAAGGAGUAGAGAAAUAGCAGAGCAGGCUGGUCUGCUGCAGUCAUUGAAAGAAAUGACGAAAAGCACACAGAUCCAUCAGCGUAGCUGCCCCAUGCCGGUCUUCCAGCAAAGUCACUAGAAAGAGGAGGAGAGCCACCAUAGUAGAAAGCUUGAGAUGACAGGACGGACACUCCUAGCUACUUCCUAUCAAAGUGACAGCCAUCUCUACAGAGUCUACUUUGAAGAAAACUAUUCCAAAUCCAUUUGGCAGGAAACUAGUGUCUUGGUGAUGAUGACCUCAGACACUUAUCCUCCCUGCCAUGAGGUCUGUGUGUCAGACAACUCAACCAAAUUUAUAUGCCCAGAAAACGAACACAUUUUUAUUCCCUGGGGAAAGUGGUGGCACUGUUUCUGGGAACGUUGAUGGAUUCCCAUCAGCAAGCUCCCCUUUCUAUAUGUGAGACAUGCAUCUGCUCUGUCUUUCUUUGUCACACCAGCACAAAUGGGCCACACAUCCGAUUAGAAAUAGGACAUGAAAUGAGAUACUAAGUCUAAGAGCAGACACAUCCUAGAUGUUGAGAACAUGUUCUUCGAGCCUGUCAGGUGCGGGUCUUAGCAAGUCCUGCCUGUCUUCCUCGGUACCUUCUCCUCUGAGUAACUUCUGGAAUGGGCUUGAGGUCACUUUCUAGAAGAGUACAAAGUACUCAUGGGAAGAUUAAGUAGCAGCCUUGGGGAGAUUUCUUCAUUUAUGAGACCGGCAUUUCCUUAAGUUGUAUUAAGUGUGAAGCCAAGAUCCACCCAUUCUUUGCCUUGUUUUCCCAUACACUUUAUUUAGGGCAUGUAUCAGCCACCUGAAAAGACACAAAUAAGUAAUAGAUUUCUUGCAUCAAUAAAAAGCCUUAUACCUAAACCUUCUCGUUUGUUUCUGUCAGUCAAUAGUAAAAUUUUUAAAAGCGGUACUAAUUCAGCAUUCAUUCUAAGGUAAUGUUUCAUGUCCAUCACAAAGUAAGAUGUCAUUGCUUAUUCAGGUUUUCUUUUCUGAAUAUCUAUUCUUUAUAGAUUUGAAAUACAUAUAUCCACGUCCUGGCAAGUAAACAUACCUAUAUAAAGUAUAUUUUCUCAGUUGGCUAUCAUUCCUUUAAGUAAAAAGAAUAGCUUUUUCUCGUCUAAUAUAUAUAUAUAUAACUAAUGUAUAUAUUUAAUUUUUCUCUAUAGUAUAUGUAUAUUAUAUCUCAAUAAUAUAUAUACACUAUAUAUUAUGAUGGAAAAUUCACAGUGACCAAAUAAUAUAAGUUUUUUCUUCACAGUUAGAGAUUCAGUCUUGAACAUUUCUCUCUGGACUGAAAGUUGGCUAAUCAGUUGUUUCCAUUCACACGAAUGAGGGGUGACUAGGCUGGGGAUGGUCUGUGCCAGAAUAAACAUUGGAUGCUUCUUAAACCCAUAAUCUUAAAAUCUGGGCACGACUUUUCUGGAAUGAACUAAGAAUCCACGUUCAGAGGGUUCAUUUCAUCAUAUUAAUUUGAAAAGCUAAGCUGACAACCUGGUGAUAUAAGAUAUCCCCCAUAUCUUUUUCUGCUCAGAGGAUGUGUAUGAACCUGCAUGCUGCUAAGAACCGUGAAGUAAUAGUCAUACUGAAGUACUGUAGAAUUCGGGAAACUUGAUUCUCUGGGACAGACUAACAGACUACUAUUUAAAAUAAAUCUACCUAAUUACAAUGAAAAAAAUUAUUGAGUCAUGACCAUAAGCACAAAAGAAUUGUAAUAGGAAAAUCUGGUGUCCUGUUUGGAUUUAUCUGUGAUUGUUUAGUUUUUUGUUUAAGUGUUAAGGGGUGGUUUUGUGUUUGAUUCUUCUCACAUAUUUUGGUGUUUUGAGUUGUCUAUUUCCCUCAGGUUAUUGACAAUUAAAGCGGUCUGUCCAUAUGUUACAGGACAUUUCAGAACCAAUCCAUCCUCGGGUUUCUGUUAAUAAGAGGCAGCAGAUAGUAGGAACGAUUAGGAAGCCCAGGUGCAAGUUGAAAGGAUCAGGACUAGGCUAGAUUUCUAGAACAUUCUAAAAAUUAAUAUGCAUGGCUACUGGCUCACAUAAUCCUCCGCAGUUUGAACUAAUCUGGUUUCACUAAAUCGGUCUGUAAAAAUAUGCAGUUUUCCUUGAUUCAACCAGCAAUCUAUUCAUUAAUGCAAUAUAAACGCUGACGUGCCUCAUAUAAUCUCCCACUGUUGAGAGGCAAGGGCAUCCGCAAGGACAGGGCUGGAGGUUCACUGGGAUGAUUAAGAUGUCCAAAACAAAAGAGACUUUCACUCCAGCUAGCUCCAGCUUGCCUGGGCCUUAGACCCCAGCAGCGAUGAGUAAUACAGAUGGUCUCAAGUACAUCUCUAUGUGUCUGUACAUGUCCACACACCCGUGUAUAUAUAUAUUUAUCUAUCUGUACAAACACUACAUAUGUAUACACACUAUCUAUGUAAUAUAUAAUAUAUGUAUAAUGCAUAUAAAUUCUAACAAGUGUAUUUGUGUUAUCUUGAAAAGUGGUAAAUGCAGAGAAUUGGCUUUAUUGUUGAUCUGUGGAUUUAAUGUUUUUUAGGUGAAAGGAUGUUUUAAGUGUAUAAUGUCUUUUCUUAAUUUAAUAUAUUUAUGUAAAUGCAUGCCUGAAAUUUGAUUAGAUUGGCUGUGUUUUGUGUCUUAACAUGAUCAAAUGUAUUAAACUUUAUCUUAUGACUUUA